AUGCAAGUAAAAGUUAGAAGAUCGUUUAAGAUGCCUGCUCUCUUGGGAAACCUUGCUAAGAUAGAUAAGAUGGGAAACAUCAUACUCUCUGAAGCAGAGACAGAAGAUAAAGUAAAAUACGGGCUCGUCUACAUUCGAUCAUCAGCAAUAAAAAGUAUAGAGUAUCUACAGCCUGUGUAA